AGCUGGGUAGAUAAAUAGGCAAAACACCCUGAGUCCCUGAGGGCAGCUGGCUGCAACUGGAGGGGACAGGCCAAAACAAAGGGUGAAACCAUGCCGAGUUCUGCGGAGAGGACUGACAGACAGAGCCUGCUGUGGACCGAGGCGGACAGGAUGCGCAUCAAGGAACGUUUCCAGGCCAGCCUGGCUGGGUUGAUGGAGUUGGAGCUUUUGAAGUCACAGCAUCAGGAGAUGGUGGAAGCAGCUCUGGGGAUUUCGGGGGCGCUGCACAGCCGGAGCCCAGAGCCGGAAUCGGAGGCGGUGUGGUGGCAGCAGCAGUCCGCGAGGCCGCACUCAAAAACCGACGGCUCCUAUCGGUACCAGCUGCUGGAGGGGGGCUCCAGUCUGAAGCUGACACGGAGCCUUUCUCAGGAUGUGCUGGGUGGACCGGAGACCCCCGGAUGGCAGCCUCUCCAAUCCAGCCUAUCCUCAGAACACCUGCUGGAGCUGAGCGCAGAGGGCGGCGCCGCACUGAGGGGAGACCUGGGAAGGCAGCUGGACUCCAAGUCCCGGGCCAGUUCUGGUUUCUGUGACGACGACGGCUCCCUCUCGAACUCGUGCGCCUCGCUCUGCAGUGAGGCCUCCUCUGGCUCGGAGUGGUGGGAGGAGGGCAGAUUCGGCAGGAGAGAUCUGACCCUGAAGCAGCGGUCUGUGCCGCUGAGGGGCAGGGGCAGAGAGGGCAAGGGAAGAGACACGCCCGCAGACUCCUGGGUGCCUUCCUCUCCACGUGAUCUGAGCCCCAUCAGUGGGUUCCUGUCAAUCGCUGAUCUUUGUCCCCAGUCUUACUGGCAAGCUGUAUCGUCUAUACUGCAGCCUCAGAUGGUACUGGAACGCCGAUACCGCCUGGAUCUGGUCUCACACAAAACCAAAGAGGCUUAUUACUAUCCCAGCCCUCUGCAUGCUGUGGCAUUACAGAGCCCUCUGUACUCACCACCACAGAGCAGCCAGGCUUCGAUGCAGCAGUCUCCCACAGACCAGCUCAAUGAAGAGAGCAGCAGGCACAGCUCUUUGGGUUCUGCAGAUCUGCAGCCGAACGCGACAACGUGUUGUACACCCAGUUCCGAGUUUUGCUCUCCGCCUGCUUCUGCUUCAGAUUCCAGGUACUCUUCCCAGCUGCCGAUCCCUUUCUCAGAGCAGCGCAGGCUGGAGAAGUUCAUCUCCAAGCUGGUAACUAGAUGGCACCCCUGUUCUGAAGCAUCCAGACUGAUUGCAAGUGUCAGUGAACUUCAGCAGCUCAGGAGCAGCUCCCUUUCAUCUGUUGCCUGUCAGAACAGCUGCGGAGAAGGGGCUUCUUUGAGUUCGGGGUCUUCUUACAGCAUCUGUGGGGUUCAAACACUCCGCAUGAAAAAAAGAAGGCAUUCAGCUUUUGCCUACGUUAACGAUGACAGCAGACAAAGUGGACUCUUCAUUUCCGAUGUUCCCAGAAAAAGAGCUGAUUUGGAAGAGGGUACCAGGUUGGAUGGCAGCGCAGGCCACUGGAACCCCAACUCUGGAUGCAAAGCAGAGCUCCGUGGGAGCAAACACCUGUGUCGGAGUGAAGGUCAAAAUGUUUUGGACUCCCCCUGCUCGUGCAGAGAUCUUUGUGUCGUGGAUGUUCCCUUUCUGAGACACGGCACAGAUUUCCCAGAGAUCUCAAGGCGGAGUGGCAGCAGCUGCUACCCAAGCCAACCCAAACGUUCUAUGAACCGUUUUGGCUGUGCCUUCACCUCGGACUCUCUGCCACCCAGUCUCGGCUCAGGUCAAUUAAACCUCGAGGCCGACGGCCUCCAUAGCGCAAGUCAGUCUGCAUUCUCGCCUCGGCCAGAAGAGAUCAGAGCCGUGACUGGCUCUCAGCCACAUCUGGGGCACAGGGCCCUGUAG